GGCGCCCAGGGGCAGGUCAGGAAAGAGGCAUCCGAGAAGGAAGGAAGAGGUGGUGGCUGGGCCGAAGACAGCCCCAGGAGGCUGCUGGGCUCCCCGGCAUGUGCGGCUGCCCCCCAACCCCACACCCGAGUUCCUAGGUUGAAGACCCAGAGAGGAAGUACUUCCACACAAAAGAAAAGAAAUUCAAGAACCAGCCUGAACCCACCCCACAAGAACGGGAUUCAGAAUAACAAUGAUAACGAUGAGGAUGGUGAAGGUGGCAGGUGAUGAUCAGGUUCACACGGACAAACUGACAAACCAGAAGCUCAUGUGGAAUGAUGAGUUCUGGCAGAAUCCAUGGGACCAGGGAGGCCUGGCAGUGAUCAGCUUAUUCAUCACCAUGAUCCUGUUUCUCAUUGUGUUCGCCAUUAUAUUUGGUUUACUCCCUCCACUUAAGAAGGUCAACCGGUAUGAAGAGUCGUGACCUGACUUUCUGGGGGCCAAGAAGGGGCCCACCUGUUAACUCUCAAAACACCAUGUA